UAUCUCACACUUUCUAGCUCCACCGCCUCCCUACGACGCCACCCUGCCCGCACUCAUGGCUGUAGUAGGAGGCGUCUCUACUGUCGUUUCAUGAUGCUGCAUGAUUACUCCAUGAUUUAUCACAAGGAGAUUCUCAAACGUGCUCGCAAGUAAAUCUGCUCCUGCUUUGUAUGUAGAUAAAAGUAUGUAUAAUAAAUACAUGCCUUGGCCAACAGCUCUCGAGUUUCGACUUUAGAGGAUCGGGACUCGAAGACGAACGCAGAAAGAAUAAGAAGAGGAAGAGUGGUUCUGGGCAUUUUGUACUUCGGGAGGUGCGAUUGUGGGUCAGUUAUUAUUUUCGGUGUUGAAUUGGUGGUGGAUUUUGGUGGAUGAGUGGUAGAAUUCGUGGCAGCAAUGGGGCUAUGGAGGGGUGGAGCUUGAGCAGAGGGAGGUGAAGGAGAGGUACAAGAGCAGAAUAGUUGCAGGAGCGGAGGGUUGCGAGCGAUGUCGGGCGGUGGUGAGGAGGAGAAGACGCUGGAGAAGACGCCCUCAUGGGCCGUGGCUCUGGUGUGCACAGUGUUCGUUGUGGCGUCUCUUUUGGUGGAGCGAGGAAUCCACAAGCUCGGCCGGUACUUUAAGCGGUCCAAUCAACGAGAAUUGUAUCACACGCUUGAGGUGAUCAAGAACGAAUUGAUGGUGCUGGGAUUCAUCUCUCUGUUCCUUUCUGUGUUCCAGCAAAAGGUGGCCUCGCUGUGUAUGGCAGAGAGGCUGAACCGCAUCAUGCUGCCUUGCAAGUAUGUCCCACCUGCUGAGGCUAAUGCCGAAGCUGAAUCUCCAGCGGUCCAUCGAAGGCUGUUUGCAGUCGAGGCCCAAUCAAGUGGAACUUGUUCUGCGGGCCAUGUGCAAGUUAUCUCUGAGGAAGGUCUCCACCAGCUGCACAUAUUCAUCUUCGUCAUGGCUGUGGUUCAUGUGUUGUACAGCUGCCUCACCGUGCUCGUUGGGUUGUGGCAAGUGCACAGCUGGAAGAAGUGGGAGGUUGGAGCUCGCAACGAGAGAUUAAAAGCUGUGAACGAAGCAUUGACUCCCAAGCACAGAAAACAUGAGCAUGGGGAUGAAUUUACCAAAGGUCGAAUACGUUACAAAUUCUUGUACACAUCAAGAACUGGUCUAAAUCUCGAUAGCUACAUCUACAGCUUCUUUCGACAAUUUGGAAAGCCUAUCUAUAAAGAGGACUACUUGUGCUUACGAAUGGGCUUCAUCGCUACUCAUGAACUCAAUGCUGAAUACGAUUUCCAUAGCUACAUCCGGCGUACUAUGGAGGAGGACUUCAAAACUGUUGUCGGCAUUAGUUCAUACUUGUGGGCAUUCGUUUGCCUAUUUCUUCUUCUGGAUGUUGAUGGCUGGUACACCUACUUUUGGAUAGCGUUCAUUCCCACGUUUUUAGUAUUGAUAGUAGGAACUAAGCUCCAGCAAAUCAUCAUUAAUUUGGCACUUGAAGUAAGGGGAGGUGUGGAGAAGAUUGACAUUUCAACUUCAGGAACUAUUGACGGAAGUUUGAAGGCGGCAGAAAAGCCAAAGCAGGAAGUUGUGUGCCAGCCUAUGCGCCCUCGAGACGACUUGUUUUGGUUCAGAAAGCCUCAUUUCCUGAUCCAUCUUGUCCAUUUCGUCCUCUUUCAGAAUGCCUUUGAGCUGGCCUUCUUCUUCUGGGCAUUGUUUGAGUAUGGAUUUACAUCUUGCCUAGUGGGGAGAACGUGGAUGAUCAUAGUCCGCCUGGUGAUGGGGGUAUUUGUGCAAAUACUGUGUAGCGCAAGCACUCUACCUCUGUAUGCUCUUGUUAGCCAGAUGGGAUCCACCGUGAGGUUUACAGUAUUUAACUCGGAAAGUGCACAAUCAGCCAUCCACAACUGGCGGGAUAAAGCUCACAAGAAACAGAAGGACAAGUUUGGGCACAAGACCCUGUCACACCAUUUGGCUGGCAUCAUGGGGUUGAAUAAGAGAGUGGAUGAGCACGGGCAUGUCCAUGACGUUGAACUUCAUCACCCUGGGGCUCAUCACGAAAAAGGACAUCACGAUAAACACUCUGCAAAGGACCAUCCUCAUCUGCACCCCCACCCCCACCCCCACCAAGAUGGUACUCAUGUAGUGGAGAUUGAUCAAGCACCACUCAAAGUCACAGAGAGUCACCCUGCCUCAAGAAACGGUGAUCAAGGUCCUCCAGUUUCACCAAAGCCACAAUCCAAGGACGCGAUGUCGCUGGUCAAUGUUCUCAAACUUGCUCGUGCAAAAGAGAAAGGCCAAGCUCCUGGAGGUUCUUAAAAAGGGUUGACAUGCCCACAAUUUGUGCAGCGUUCUUCGAAGUCUGCUCAAACUUUUCAUACUUGGAUUGAAUGAAUAGGAAUACAAUUGUUGAUAAACUAUGAAUACCACAAUUACCUGUGAAGUCCCCAUUCUGGAGUUUUCUGGUGCGGAAAAAAGCCAGGGCUCAUUCUCGUACCUAAUAUCACAGAGGGUUCAGGAUGUGAACAUGCUCAAGGUAUGAGAGCAGUGUGAGAAAUAUAUUUGAUUUAUUUUCAUGAAGCAUAGUGUGUAAUAUAUUUUCAAAAGAUCAGUGCUUGCAUUACUUUCUUACCCUGAGGAUGACCCAGCUUGGCUUUUAGAUGCCGGAGCAAGCCACCUUGUAAUUAAUUUUUUUUUUGUAGCAAUAUAAGAUAAUGUUAGAAGUAAUGAAUUUCUUA